AUGCCGACGACAUCAUCUGCCCCGGUGUACGUCCCUAGUGCGAGUAGAAAGCUUCGAAAAGCCGGCGACACCCCGUACAUGUCCAUCCACAGCUUAGUCCCCCACCCGGCGCAGAUUCCCAGUGCGAGUGAGAAGCAUGGGGCGCCUCAGUCACACUAUUCCACCACGGCCCACCGUCCACGGGGUGUACCAAGGCAAUGGGCCGACCACGUCUUGCUGUCGGGACCCUUUGGAGACUGCCGCGCCGGCACAGUGCUUCCGGUCCACGUACAACUAACCAACCCCCGUAACGGCACUACCUCCUCGCUGCAGGCAAUCCCAGAAGCCUUCCGGGGAAGGACGCCUGCCUUUCCGGCUGGCAAAGUUUUUUUGUGCCACGCUGGCUCGCAUCGCGAGAUUGGGCCUUGUCUUGUGCGCCUCUAUGCGGGUGGCGCGCCGAACCGCCGAUCGGACUCUUCCUUCACCGCGAUCAGUGGAAAACUCGUCAAAGGGGAGCAUGGUCCGUGCGCCCAUACUGAAAAUUUUGUGUACGGGAGAGAGUUAUCCUGGAAGCUCGAGUCUCCAAUCGAUCCUUUGUGUGGUAUUGCCGGCCAGGCUGCUGGACGAGGCAUGGUCAAUGACUUCAACCAGUGGUUGCAACUUUCGGUUUGCAAGGCAGUCAUCCAGGACAUAUUUACCCUGUCGGACCACGCAUUGUUGCCACGAGUUGAAAUCACCAAAAUAGGAAAAUUAAAAGUGAUCGAGGUUGUUGCGGGGAAAAUGUUCUGCCGCAGAUCUCCAUGAUCCAUCCACCCCGUGCAACGCCAACUACUCUGCUCACGCCGGAUGCGAUUGUGAGUG